CCGCUCCUCCCUCCGCGUCCGCCUCCGGACGGGGCGGUACCGCCCGAGCCGCGCUGCGAAGCCGGGACCGGGGCUGGGACCGGGAGCGGGACCAGGGCAGCGGCGGAGAGAGGUUAUCGGGAGCAUUUAACCAGGCUCACCUCCUAACUUGCUGUUUGCACUGGAGAGGCGUAUUGACAUGAAAAGUAAGGAAUGUAUUAGCAAAUAUUGAUCGGCCCUGGGGCAGCGACAGUCAGGCAUUGCCCAAGUACAGGCAUCUGCUGAGAUUGUGGGAUGUUAUUUGAAGCUUUCAGCGAGACACUUGUACUGCUGUGAGCCUGGGAAGGCUGUCACUUCCGCGGGAGGUAAAAUAAGAACAUGGCAUGAUGUCCUUUGGAAAAGGAGCCAUGGCAGCCAUCAGGAAGAAGUUGGUGAUUGUGGGAGACGGCGCCUGCGGGAAGACGUGUCUGCUGAUCGUGUUCAGCAAGGACCAGUUCCCCGAGGUCUAUGUACCAACUGUGUUUGAGAACUACAUCGCCGACAUCGAGGUGGAUGGGAAGCAGGUGGAGCUGGCCCUGUGGGACACGGCGGGACAGGAGGACUACGACAGGCUGCGGCCCCUCUCCUACCCAGACACAGAUGUUAUCCUCAUGUGCUUUUCUAUCGACAGCCCGGAUAGCCUCGAGAACAUCCCCGAGAAGUGGACACCAGAGGUGAAGCACUUCUGCCCCAAUGUGCCCAUCAUCCUGGUGGGGAACAAGAAGGACCUGCGGAACGACGAGCACACGCGACGGGAGUUGGCCAAGAUGAAGCAGGAGCCAGUGAAGCCGGAGGAGGGGAGGGACAUGGCCAACAGGAUCAAUGCCUUUGGCUACCUCGAGUGCUCGGCCAAGACCAAGGAGGGGGUGCGGGAGGUGUUUGAGAUGGCCACCCGGGCGGGGCUGCAGGUCCGGAAGAACAAGAAGCGCCGAGGCUGUCCCCUGCUGUGAGCCCAGACCCCCACACCCGUGGGAGGUGGCACACGGCCACAGCGGGACCUGCCCCAACCCCUCUGCACCAGAGCUGCCACCCGAGCGCCCAGGGCGUCCCUGCCGGGCUCCAGGGUCACAAGGAACCAGUGCCUUCAGUGCCCCCCACCCUCCACGGGCCGGGCAUUCGCGUAGCUCCCCACAUUGCCCCGUUUUGUACCGAUCUCCCCUGGUUUUGCCUUUCCUGUGGGGAUUGCUGUGGUGUUCACUUUGCCUCCCCAGCUCUGGGAGGUGCUGCUGGCUGGUCUGGGUCUGCUGAGCCCUGGGGUGCUCUGCCCACUCCCCGGCAGCUCUCACCAACCUCUGACAGGGACUCAGCCCCGUGGGCACAGAGCUGAGCUCAGCCGC